AUGAGGGGUCUGUCUCUGGCCAGAGCUUUGGCUUUAUUGCCAUUGCUAGUCACAUUCACCCAAGCCGAAGACGCCAAAGGCACAUCCGGCUCAUGUUCCGAAACUUCGAAAUGCGUUUCAGGGUGCUGCUCUAAGGCUGGCUACUGUGGCUUUGGUGACGACUUCUGUGGUGAUGAUGUUUGCAUCUCCGAUUGCGAUGCACAGGCAGAGUGUGGUCCCUAUGCACCGGUCGCUAACACUACUUGUCCUUUGAAUGUAUGCUGUUCACAAUUUGGUUUCUGCGGUACUACUGAAGACUUUUGUGGCGACGGUUGCAUCAGUGGCUGCGAUGCCGUCGAACAACCUAAAAAGGUCUACGCAGGAUAUUUCGAGGCCUGGAACUACCAACACGCUUGCGACAACCUUGAACCCAAGAAUAUCGAUGUUACACCAUGGACGCAUCUUUACUACGCCUUCGCUAGUAUCUCUUCUGAUGAUUCUACCAUCGAAUUCACCUAUGAUAAUGAUGAAACAUGGAUCCCGCAGAUGGUCGCCUUGAAGAAGAAAAAGCCUUCCCUGCAGGUCUGGCUUUCAGUGGGAGGUUGGGACCUAGGUGGUUUAAUCUUUUCCGACAUGGUUCGCUUCCCAGGAACCCGCAAAGCUUUUGUGGAGUCCGCUAAGAGUACCAUGUCUUCUUACGGAUUUGACGGAAUCGAUAUCGACUGGGAGUAUCCUGCUGCGAGUGACAGAGGCGGUCGUGAUGAGGAUACAGCAAACUUUGUCACCCUUGUUAAAGAGUUAAAAACCGAGUUUGGUGAUGAUUAUGGUAUCUCCGCAACUUUACCAUCUUCCUACUACUAUCUCAAGGGCUUCAAUAUCACUGGAAUGGCAGAUUAUGUGGACCACUUUAAUUUCAUGUCAUACGAUAUUCAUGGUACCUGGGAUGGUAACAGUGCUUGGACAUCAUCCGACAUCAAUCCACACACUAACCUGACGGAAAUCAACGAAGGAUUGGACCUAUUGUGGCGUAACAAUAUUGAACCAGCUCAAGUACACCUUGGGCUCGGCUUCUACGGUCGCUCAUUCACACUGAACGACACACGUUGCACGGAGCCCGGUUGUCCUUUUGAUAAAACAGGCAGCACCAACGGAGGAGGAGAAGCUGGUGAAUGUACAGGGUCAAGUGGCAUUCUCUCAGACUAUGAAAUUGCCCAAGUGAUGGACAUUUAUGAUCCCAAGGUGACAUACAAUGAGCAAGCUGCAGUCAACUGGAUUACCUGGAAUUAUAACCAAUGGGUCUCUUUUGAUAAUGCUAAAACAUUGAAGCAAAAGGCCGAUUAUGCCAAUAGCAGAUGUCUUGGAGGUCUCUUUGCCUGGACAUUGGAUGAGGGAGGUCCCGGGUCCACAGCUAAUCCCAACAAGCUUGAUCCCUCUGACUCAUCAAUGUCUGGUGCAGAUACCGAUGGUGGCAGUGAUGGCUCUGGUGAUGUCUAUAUCGCUGCCGAUGUUGCUGGAGGUGGUACGAAAUCAAACACGGCAACUGGAAUUGCCCCUCUGAACAUAAUUGUUGGGCCUUCCACCCUGCCCUCAACGACGACGAUCACCAUUGACCCUUUUCCAACAUCAAUUGAAGUUGCUUGGACGACUACAGUCACCGUAACAGUUGAGGGUACCCCUACAGUUACUACUAGUGUUGCCCGUACGAUCGAAACGACCACAUUCACAAUUGACCCUAUUGUUACCGAUCAGAUCCCAUGGUGGAACUGGAACAUUACUGGAACCAAUGUUACGAAAACAUCCACUAUUCUCCUCCCAAGUAUUGUACUGGGCCCAAUUGUAUUCCCCGAUGACAGAAAUCCAGAACAUAUCACAAGUGGGGAUUUUACAUCACAUACUGUCACGAAGAGCAGGACUAUCUACCCUCCGCCUUGGCCAUGGUCCUCUACAUCUCUUCCUUCAAAUGUGCCCACUCCCACUGUGACCUUUACCCAAGGGCCUGUUGGGCCUACCUGUACAUCUGGUUGCGGCACAAAGUGCACGAGCUUCUGUGACACUCCAUGCUUGAACUGUGAUGACUCAAAAAGCAAUGAGGGCUGGGUAGAUCCAGAGGAUCCAAAUCCACCUUCUAAAAACUCGAAGUGCACUGGGCCUGGAUGUCACAAUGGAGAGUGUACAGGCUCUAAUUGUCAGAAAAAGGGAUGUACAGGCUCCGGUUGUGACGACGGAAUCUGUAUCGAUGAUUCAUGCAAGGAGACAGGUUGCAUUGGCGAUGACUGUGGCGCUGACGGGUCUUGCGAUGGUGACGAUUGCAAGACAGUUGGAUGCGAGGGCACAGAUUGCAAUGGAUCGGGUGGCUGCUUCGGAGUUGAUUGUAUUUCCAUUGGAUGCAUUGGUGCCGAUUGUAACAGCAGUACAGGAGAAUGCACCGGGCCAAACUGCCACAAGGUUUCCUGCUCUGGAACCAACUGUCAAGAUGGUGUGUGUACGGGCGAGGGUUGUGAAUCAGAAGACGACGACUGCGAGUCUGAUGAGGCUGAUGUUUGCACUGAGACUGUUUACUCUACCAUCGUCACACCAGCCUCGACAUACACAACGAAGACCUCCACCAGCUGUGAGACUAUUACUGCUUGCAGUGCCGAGGCCUCGACCACCACCACUACAAUCACCGAAGCUGAUUUGACCGGCUGGACAGAGUAUUGGAAUCCUAUAAUUACUCUCGACACCGCGGCCGCCAGCAGUUUGGCAGCUUCCCUGGACUCUUUAUAUUCCUCAAUCUACCCAUCGAGUACAACCACGACUCCAAGUACCACUAGUCCCACUGCUACCUCAGUGAACAGCACCCCGUCAAACUAUGCUUCCCCAGGCGCCGAUUACUUCUACAUAAAUGUUUACAGUGAUGACUCCUGUAAAGACUAUGUGGGUGCUCAAUUUGUGCAAACGCCCAGUGAUACUUCUUCUGAUGGGAUUGGGUACAAAUGGAAUACUUCUAUCGAUGAUGUCGAUAGCGGAUCUUCUAUCUACCCUGCGUAUAACAUGAAGUGGAUGACCCUUGAGAUGUACGAGGGGGCAACGAAACCUGAUGAGCUUACGAAGGGUGACGCACCAACACUCAAGUCCGAAAUCUGUUACCAAGUGGACUAUGAGCAAGGUGAGGGAUAUUGGAUACAGUACCCUUCAAGUUCCGCUACUGCCACUACUAGUGCCACUGCCACCACAGUUGACGCCACACCGUCAUAUUAUGGUUCCCCAGGCUCCGCUUCACUUUAUUUCGAGGUAGAUUACUACACGGAUGACUCCUGUCAAGACUACGUCAAAGAUAAUGCAAUUAUCUAUGGGCCCAAAGUUGCUCCGUCUGGUGGGCAAUGGAGCCUAUGGGGCUCGGGCAAAGAAGAUAUUCAAGAGAGUGCAUCUUCUAUCUACGUUUCGUAUAACACGGACUGGAUGACCCUUCAGAUGUGGGAGGGGGGGACGAAACCUGAUUGGAUUGGGGAGAAUGAUGCACCAACACUCAAGUCCGGAACAUGUUACAAGAUAGACUAUGAGCGAGAGCAGGGAUGGUGGAUACAGAAAAACCCAUAG